UAUGCAACAAACAUCUGCCAAUCACCAUGGAGAACCAACCGGAGACCACCGUUCGCCGGCACCGGAGAAUAAUAAUGUUUCCAUUGCCAUUUCAAGGCCACAUAAACCCUAUGUUUCAGCUUGCAAAUCUACUAUACUCUAAAGGCUUCAGUAUCACCAUCCUUCACACCAACUUUAACGCACCCAAAAUCUCUAAUUAUCCUCACUUCACUUUCAAAUCCAUCCUUGACAACGAUCCUGAAAAAAGACGCUUUUUGUUGGCCGAUUUUGCUCAGGAUUUCAUCCAUACACAGGACCACGCAGAUGCAUUACGUCAUGAACUGAAACUGUUGUUAGCUUCGGAAAAAGAUGAGCCAGUAUCGUGUUUGAUCACAGAUGCGCUUUGGCACUUCACACAAUCGGUGGCCGAUAGCCUUAACCUCCCCAGGCUGGUUUUGAGGACAACUAGCGUGCAUAGUACUAUUGUUUAUUCUUCAAUACCCCUUCUUCAUGCCCGUGGUUACUUCACACUUGACGACAGCCAUUCGGAAGAACAAGUGGUGGAAUUUCCUUUACUAAAAGUGAAAGACGUUAAAAAGAUUGGUAUAAAGAGCACUAAAGACCUUUACGCAGAGUUGAUUGGUAACAUGGUGAAACAAACAAAAGCAUCGUCAGGAAUCAUCUGGAACUCCUUCAAAGAACUCGAAGAAACCGAGCUCGAUAGGGUUCCGGAUGACUUCCCCGUACCACGUUUCCUGAUUCUAUUCCCUAAGUAUUUUAAAGCUUCGUCGAGCAGCUUACAAGAACAAGAUCAAACCAUUUUUCCUUGGUUAGACCAGCAACCAACUAAGUCUGUAGUGUAUGUUAGUUUUGGUAGCCUUAGUCAAGUGGAGGAGAAAGAGUUCUUGGAAAUAGCUCAUGGGUUGGUCUAUAGCAAGCAACCUUUUUUAUGGGUGGUCCGAAUGGGGUUUGUUAAGAAUUCAACAUGGCUUGAAUCAUUGCCCGAAGGGUUCCCAGGUGAAAGGGGACGAGUUGUGGAAUGGGCUCCUCAGCACGAAGUACUAGCUCAUGAAGCAACGGGUGUGUUUUGGACACAUAGUGGAUGGAACUCAACGAUGGAGAGCAUUUGUGAAGGUGUUCCUAUGAUUUGUUCAUCUUUUUGGGGUGAUCAACCGCUAGAUGCUAGAUACAUGAGUGAUGUUUCAAGGGUGGGGGUGUAUUUAGAGAAUGGGUUGCAAAGAGAAGAUAUAGCAAGUGUCAUUAGAAGAAUACUGGUGGAUGAAGAGGGGGAGGAGAUUAGAGAAAGGGCACAGGUUUUAAAACAAAAGGCCGAUGAAUCUGUAAUGAAAGGUGGCGCUUCUAGUGAAUCAGUGGAGACACUCGUUGACUAUAUUUCUUCACUUUAAGUUUCUGUAUUUAGAAAUUUCACAAUGGUGUUAUUAUUAUUUCUUAAAUAAUGAUAAUAGUUCAUAAGUAUCCAAUUUUAAUCCGUGUAUCAUAUUUAAAACGUUUGUAUAUUGAUAAUGUUGUGUUCUCCA